AUUUCCAGAGACAACGUUGGUUGCAUUUGGUCGGUUGGUGAUGCAACCAAGAACAAAGACAUGAUGAAACUUUGUGUUCCUGUGAUUGCUGCCCACUUCGACAGCAUUGACUCCAUACAGCCGAAUUUCUAUGCUUCGACUGAUCUGGCAAAUCUGGCCACCUUGCUGACAGAUAGUCGAUUAGGUGGUGUGAUGGAGGACUCGAAGUUGCUAGCAGUGGCAACGUGGUUCGAAGCGCGAAGGACUGCACCAGAGGAGGUGGAGGAGGAGGGGAAAAAGGGUGGAAAAACCUUUGUUGACGUAUUUAUAGACCUCGUUGCUGCAAUAGAUCUUGGAAAGAUUACGUCAGACCAAUUCGUCGAUAUCUGCACAUCAAAGUGUUGGAUGCAUGUGCCGGAAGAAUGCAGAGAACUGUCGAAGGACUGCCUGACGGCUUUUAGGCGAGAAGAUAACAAUUUAUCAUUCUCUACAUUCGAGUGGAUGACAGGAGUUACACGGAUAGACGCAAGCCCUCGUUGCGUUGUGCCGUCACGUUUCGGUUGUGCAGUUGUGGCUUUGAAUGACAGCAUUUAUUUGAUUGGUGGCGUGGAUGAGAUGGGCCCACCUACUAACAAGGUUGACAGAGUAAACCCCUCCGACGGUCGUGUCUCCAGUGUAGCACCGAUGGUGCAGGCACGCUGGGAUUGUACUGCUGUAGCGAACGGUCAGCAGAUUUUUGUAUUUGGAGGAAUCGAAUGCGAAAACGCAAUUUUGUCAUCCUGCGAGAAAUUCGACCCUGCAACUAACAGGCAAGUUUACCUUAGUAGCAAUAUGUUAAACGUGGUGUGA